GUACCUUUUGCUUAUUCAGUAAUUAGGUGGAAAAAAAAAAGAGUUAAAGUCGUAAAGAACGCGUGUGGCGACUAUUAUCUUCGUAAUAAGUUAAAUUUCUCAAGAGAUCAAGAUAGAAUAUCGAUUUACCUUGUGCCGUCGUUGGAAAGAAGAUAUCACCCGAGUUCAACAAUAAAGCAAGAAAAAACUAUAUUCAGAAGCAAGAAAUCAUGGUAGCCAGCAAUCGUGUUCGGGAUAUCGAUAUCGAUAGACCGAGCCAUACCGAACAAUUAGCUAAUUGGAUCAGUAGAGUCCGCUGCAAGAAAUUAAUGUGUCGUCGUAACCGUAAACGUGAUUUACGUGUCGAAGCAGUGCUUACUUGCGCGCUUUUCAAAGCCGAACAUGAAUUGCGUAGUAAACAAUUGUCUCGCAUUUCAAAAUGGCAACAAUUCAAAAAGCAAUUCUUAAAAGACGCAGACUAUACGAAUUGCAAUUUUUACAAUAGCGAAGAUCUGAAGAAUUCAAAAUGUUACGAAGAGAGCAAUCCAUGGCAGGGUCCUUUGUGUCCGGAAUUAAGCAGCUUGGACAAUUUCAUGUCGAAAUUGGGUGAGAUCAAAGUACCGUUGCAGCGGUGAAGAGACUUGAAAAGGAAGCUCCUGGGUCUGAAAAACCUAGGAACGCGAUGGAAACCCGAUUCAGAAGAAGAUAAUAUCGUUAGCAGUGUUCUGUCAAUGAAAUCUUAUCGACUUUAACAGAGCGCCAUCUAUGAAGGAAUCUCGAAUAAUGCAGUACCGCAUCGGUGAUGUGUCGGUACUGUGGGACUAGAAGUCGCAUUACUAUCCUGGUGUAUAUCUGGAUAUUUUUUAC